AUGGAAGAGGAGGGGCACGACUUUUGUGAAGCCUUAGCAGCAAUACGAGCAGGCGCAGCAGAGCGGCGGCUGCAGCUGGGCGGCGCGCGGGCAGCAGCUGCAGCGGCAGCAGCAGCAGCAGAUCUCGCGUGGCUGCUGCCUCUGCGGUGUCUGUACACCUCAGAAGACAAGGCAGAAUACGGCGUUUCUGAAGCUGUUCCUGACGAGGACUGGAUCCCCAUAAAGCGGGACCUCCCCGCGGGCCGCCUUGUCGUUUCUCACGGGCUCAUACCUGUGAACGCGACUGCAGCGGAAGCGGGCUUUGACUUUGUGGAGUCUUACUAUGACCCCAAGCGGGACUACAGCUGGUCUUACAAGCGAUACAACCCCUACAAGCUGCCGGGCGACGGGAGCGAAGAGCCUGAGGAGGAGGGCGUGGCCCCGUACUACCGCCUGGACACCCCAGAGGCGCGGCGGUAUUACUUGAAGGAAGCAGAACCCCCACCAAGAGAACCCGACGACGACAUCGCACGCCAGGCCACGCUCGCCGAAGAAAUGAUUGCAGUUGCUCCUGUUGCUGCGGUUGCUGCUGCUGCUGCUGCUGCUGCGGUUGCUGCUGCUGCUGCAAAUCGGAUGCGGGCUCCGGCCCCCCUGUGUUUGCUGCCAGGCAUGCGCCGCAGCCCCGAGCGGGAGGAGCAGUGGCGUUUUAUUCCGGAGGCCCCUUAUGGGAUUUUGGCUUCGCGGCAAAACUUCGCGCGGAGUUUCACAGCCAAAGACAAGGCCUGGAUAGAGAAA